CCACUCGUUAAACUCGACUAUUCUUCAGACACGUUGCUGAAACGCAUCAUCAAUGGGAUCGCUGGACGCAGCCCUGCCAGCACUGCUGCAGCUGGCAGUGCUAGUGCUUGCAGGCAUUGGAGCUCUGGCAGCACUGAAUGCCUAUGCCAGACCCGCGCGAGACGCCGCGACUGCGUGGGACGACGGCGCCGCGCUCCGCUGCGCCGUCGACGACACGCCGCUCGUCCCGGACGGCUCGUCGACACGAAUCGAAACGUCCCGCCUCGUCGGCGAGGUGCGGUUCGUGCAGCGCCGCGAGGGCACGGCCCGCUGCGCAGUCGCGCUCGCUGCGCGGCCCACGGCGCCGCUGCCGCCACGGCUCUGGUUCGGCGUUGAGGUGGCCGAGGGCGAGUCCGAGCCGCCGCGGGCCUUGCGCGCGCUCGCGGGCACGCUCUUGACGCUGGCGCGGCGACUGAUGGGCACGGAGGUGCGCUGCGAGCUGAACACGGUGAGGCCGCUCAUCGCGUUCGACGUCGCGAGCGCCGCGACGCGCUUCGAGGCCUGGCCGUGUGCCGCGCCGGCGCCCCUCGACGCCGCCGACGGGGCUCCAGCCGAGGGCCCGGCACCCGUCGAGGCCGACCGGGCGCGGGUCCUCGCCGCGGUGAAGGAAGGGCGUCACCUGGCGCUUGCGUGGUACACGACGUAUGUCGAUUUCGAAAAAUGGUCCUGCGUUGGGCUUCCGGCCUGGCUGGGAGGCGAGGUGCCCAUCGCGCGGCUCUGGGGGAAUCGGGGGUUGCGCCUCGUGCUUUUUGGGGACGGUCCGGACGGCGCGCGGGACUACUGGCUCGAGAUAAACGUAGACCGGGCCACGAAGCCGCGGCCGCCGCCGCCGCGCGGCCUCGACGUGCUGAACGCGGCCGCGGGCCCGCGGUCGCGGUCGCUCUGCGUCGACGUCGCGGCCCUGCCCGGACUUUUGCUCAAACGGCUGCUCGGGGAAGGCCGCGACGACUCCGCUGCGUUAGCGUUCGUGGAUCGAAGCGCCCUGGCCGCGUUGAGCGACGACGAGCGCCUCGCCUUCGCCCUCAACCUGUACCACCUAUGCAUCGCGGCGGCGCAGCGCUCGGGCCGCUACGUUAUUUGGGGCCGCGACGUUCCCUGGUUCCGGCGCCGGCCGCCGUUCCUGGCGCUGGCGCGACUCGGCGUCCUUUUUCUCGCCGCGACGCCAUCGACGCGGCGUUUGAACACGGUUCCCCCGCACACAGGCCGACGCCCUGCGGCGCGCGUCCGUCGACGUCGGGGGUGUUUACGUCACGCCGCUCGCGCUCGAGCACGGCUGGCUGAGGGGGGCAACUCCGCAACGGUCAUUCGCGGCGCUCGCGCUCGCCGGUAAGCCGCCGAAUCCGCUGGCGCCGUGGGAGCCUCCAGACGUCGACGCGUGUCUGGCCCUGGCGCUCCAGUCCGGCGUCGCCGCGUGCGGGCCGGCGGCGGUGCCGGUCUAUGCCGCGGCGACGGUGCGCGCCCAACUCCGGGAAACUGCAAGGCGUGUCUGUAUCGCCUUCGCCCCACGCCUACCCCCCGUGUGUCGCUACCACGCGCACGCGUUCGGCGUCGACCGGGCACGCGUCGCGUUCGCCGUCGCCAGUCUUGCGGGGGGCGGCAUCUCGCUAGAUGCUCGCCCGGCGCCGUUCUCGUGCGCGCCAGCACUCCUGGAGCUCCUCGACGAAGACGGAGGGGAGCGCGUCGUCCGCUAA